CUUCUGAUUUCAAUUCUUCAAACCACAAAGCUGUAUCGUGGAUUUUAAUCAUGGCUAAUUGGAUCUCCUCCAAGCUUAAAGCGGCCGAGAGCAUUCUCCAGCAGAUCGAUCAGCAAGCGGCGGAGUCGCUUAAAAAGGGGGAAAGGCCUCUAGCUGUGGAUUAUUUGGAAGCCGCUGGAAAAGCUGGAGAUAUUUUGCCUUUGAAGGAUCAACUCAAGAAGAAGAAUCAAGUAGAUAACGAUUAUCGUGGAAAAUUGCGAAGUGAUCUAAGUUUGAAUGUGAGUAGAAGCCAGGAUAAUGCGAUUUCUGCCUCAUCAAAACCCUCGCCGUCGUCAAAAUCACCUACUCUAACGGACAGUGACUGGACCGAACUGCUCGGUAACUUCAAUCUUUCUUUUUAUUACCAUGUAAAUUCAUGGAUUGUCAUCAACGGAUAUAGUUGUCCAUUUUGUCGGAAGGGAGUUAUCACUAAACAAAUGACUGCAAUAGAAGAAAUGGUUGCAAGUGAGUACAAUUAGCCAGACCCUCAUCUUUGUGACAAGAUCUUGAAGUUGGUCAUUUGUGAAGCGUUCUACUUUGCUAUUAGUUGCAGUUUUAGUUAUUGCUCUCUCAAUAUAUUCUUUUUCUUUCUUUCUUUCUUUUUUUCCAAAGGAUGAUCAGUGUAAUAAUUAAGCCUCAUAAUUUCUGUGUUUGGAUCCAAA